GCCAAGCACGAUAGUCCUCGAGAGGAUGUCUACAUUACGCCUUGUCACCCAUGAGCCACAGAAAUGCAUGUUCCGGACGUGCCGCAGUCCUUAUGCAUUCGUCCAUUUAGACUUCAGCUUGUGCGCGUCGUCAGCCACCAACUCCCCCCGCGAUUGCGCGCCCGGCCCAGCGUCCUUCGUAUAACCUGAGCACUGUGCUUCUGCCUUCUAAACGACACGUCAUCCCCGAAGCUGUAAUAUACGCUUGUAUUCACCAACUACCAUGAUGGUGCGGGUAUCGCACGUCAUUGGGCUGUUGCCCUGCGCCAUUGCGCUCAGCAGCGACGCAACACCGGCAGCGAAGCGUGUCGCAAUUAUAGGCGCCGGUGCUGGCGGCUCCUCAGCAGCCUACCAUCUCGCCCAAUACGCCGCCUCCUCAUCCACACCUACCAAUAUCACCGUCUUUGAGCGCGACUCGUACGUCGGCGGCCGCACCACCACCGUCGAUGCCUGGUCAGACCCCACCGUUCCUAUUGAACUCGGCGGCUCCAUCUUCGUCUCCGUAAACCAUAUCCUUGUCAACGCAACUCGCGACUUCAAUCUCUCCGUAGCCUCGCAGGAAGACAGCCUUGCAACACGGCUUGAGCUACCAGACCUUGGGAUAUGGGACGGCACGCAGUUCGUGCUGGUUACCAGAGAGGAGGAUGGCUGGUGGGACAAGGCGCGACUUUUGUGGCGGUACGGACUUGCACCCUUGAAGACGAACAGGCUAAUGAAGAGUGCUGUUGGGCGGUUCUUGGGCAUGUACGAGGAGCCUGUGUUCCCUUGGAAGAACCUUAGUGAGACUUUGGAAGCCCAGGGCCUGUUGGAGAUCACGGGCGUCACGGGCGAACAGUACCUCAAGGCAAAUGGCAUUGGGGAUGCAUUUGCACGAGAGGUCAUCCAGGCAAGUACGAGAGUCAACUACGCCUCAAAUCUCGCCUAUAUUCAUGGUCUCGAGACUAUGGUAUGUAUGGCCACGAACGGCGCCAUGCAGAUUGACGGAGGCAACUGGCGCAUCUUCGCAAGCAUGCUCAAGUCUUCACCAGCCAUCACAACCCAUCUCAACACUCACGUCUCGCAAGUCUCGAAACAGGAUGAUGGUACAUACCAUCUCUCUGUCAACGGCACCACCUCUAUCUUCGACGAAGUCAUCCUUGCUGCACCGCUACAAUUCGCGAACCUCACCAUCAAUCCCGCGCCAAAGCACACGCCUGACGUGAUUCCCUACGUUAAGCUGCGCGUCACACUCUUUGCCUCACCUUUCCAGCUAGACCCCUCGGCUUUCAAUCUCGCAUCCAGCGAAGCAGUCCCGCAAUAUGUUCUUACUACGCUCCCUCCUUCUGAAGACCCCCGCGACGGGCAUCCUGGCUCACCAGACUUCUACAGCGUUUCAAUGCAUUAUACUUCGCUCAAUCGCCACGCUUCGCCACCCCGUCAAGAGUUUAUAUACAAGAUUUUCUCUGUCGAGCCCAUUACCGCCAGAAUACUCACCCGUCUACUUGGACAUCCCGUCUCGGAAACUGAUGCGAAAGGUCUGAACGUGGAUGGCCCCGUGAGCUGGGUGCACCGCAAAGUCUGGCACUCGUAUCCGCGUGAGUACCCACGUGUGACAUUUGAAGAGACCAAGCUCGAUGGAGAGGACGGUGCGUUGUGGUACACAAGCGGCAUUGAAAGCUUUGUCAGCACCAUGGAGACAAGUGCUCUUAGCGGCAAGAACGUCGCGCGCCUCAUUGCUGAUAAAUGGGCAGCGGCAAAGGGGGGAAGCGCAAAGCACCAGCUUAGUGGAUACAAGUCCCCUCCAGACGCCCAAGUACCGUUGCUGCCACCAGUUGAGUCAGGCUCUGGCGCACCGCAACUUGAGGUCGACGGCGAGGGCGUGACGCUGGACCACCUGGGACCAAUGGUCGUUAAUAAAGAUGGAUCCUUGAGCAGGAUUGCGAACUGGGAGACCAUGUCUGAGAAGGAAAGAAAGAAUACUCUAAGGGUCUUGGGGAAGAGGAAUCAGUUGAGGCUUAGAGAGCUGAAGGGUGAGCAGUCCGAGCUCUGAGACAGGUAUCAAUGAAUACCUCGCUUCUACAAAUCCCAUCCAUGGUACAACAGUUGCUGCAUGGCACACUGGAUAUCAAGCCUAUAAGGAG